AUGUCGUUCCUCCCAGGAGUGCAAAGAUUCAUCACCAACACUCUCGGCAUCACUUCCGAUACCAAUAACGGCGGUGGCUCGUCCGGCCCAGGCGGAAACCCGAGUAGCAAUAGCUCUACGUCUGGCCAGAAUUCAAAUUCAAGUACUUCAAAUACCCAAGACUAUGAGCCGUCCGCUAUUGAUGUCCUCGUCGCCAAGGCCAUGUUGACAAAUGGCCUGAAUCUGCCACAUGAGAUCGUUCUAGCUGUACUUGACCAUGCCGAGUACUGGCCUCACACCACCACCACCUUGGAUCAUUCUCUCAUAGUCCCCUCAGGGCCAGGCCGGGAGAACCAAUUCGUCUUGCGAUCAAAACCUCUCGGCUUGAUCAAGAAGGUCCACUACGACGAUCACUUCUACAGCUUCACCACUGCUCGGGCCAAGCCACUUUCCGAGGGCGGUGACUAUUCCCUCUCUCAAUUCCAGGAAUGGAUCGGUGGACCGACCGACACCCUCGAGCACCCUUGUCGAAAAAUUGUCUUCACCAUGCGCAGUCGUGACCAAGGCUGGGGUGGAGGCCAUGAGGACAGGGGAAGCUAUCGCGGAUCAUGGACCUGGUUCGAGGCUGGCAAGGAGCGUUUCGACAAGAACGCCACACACCCCAAGGAUACCCCGGAGAAGGAGGCUCUCGUCGAAGGCGAUAGCAAAGAGGCAGCCGGUAGCAGUUCUCCCCAUGGCCCGCAGCACGAGAUCCCAACCCCAUACUUUCCAGUCUACGCCGCACGAUCUUUCCAGCCAGCCCUCGAGCCUGGUCAGGAGGCUUUCCACCACGACCUUCAUCCUUCACCUGAGUUGACCAUCCAGCGAAACAAGGCUGCAACUAGGCAGCCCACAAUUCACAAGGUCGUAUGGUCCUGGAAGGACGAUACCAACCCAUUGAGUCCGGAAAAGCUCUCAGAACUGGGUCGAGGGCCCGAAUCUGGCAACGGAGAUUUCGUCCGAAACCUCACACUGGGUGAUGUCGUGACUGUCUGGGCGAAGGCAAGGUUCGCAGGCUGGACCAACCACAUUGAGCGUGUCAAGGUGGACAUCUACUGGGCUCUAUGA